AUGUCUUGGAAACGUUCCUCUCUCGUUGAGACCGGGUUCUUCUAUGAUGAAGACCUGCUAAGCGACGAGAGAAGAAAUGAAGACAGAGAAGACAAAGACAAAAGACAAUUCCCGCCCCAUGUUCGAAGGCUUGAGCUAGAGAUGCUUGAUUUUACGUGCCAGGAGCCAGACCUGCCUACCAAGAAAGAUCUCAACAUCCAACGCGAGGCUGAAAGACUUACCAAUGGGGGGUUCUCAGAAGAUCGUUGGGUUGACUUAUUUCGAACACACUUCUUCAAUCCGCUUCUGCAACAUGCCUCAGUCUCAGGACGAAGAUCUCGAAUCGACACUGACGCUAUAUGGUGCGCAUUUGACAAGAACGACGAAGAGAAUGAACUUGUCAAGGCACCCAAGCCCGAUCUAGUCUUUUCUCUCCCGAUGUAUCAUCUAGAUACUCACAUACCUAUGAUAACUGAUCACGAAGCCCACCAGUGGCAUAAAGCAUCAGCGCCAUCCCUUGUGGAGUCAUUUUCAUGGUCCACUUUAAAGCAACUACAUAAGUCCGGCUUGUUAGUCACUCCCUUUAAGGUUUUUAGUAGUAAAGAGCCUCAAGAACCUCGAGAACGAGAUCUCAGUUGUUUUCCUUGGCUUGUUGUCGAAUGCAAGAAAGCAGAGCGCACCCCUGGUGAGCUUGAACGAUUGAGGGAAGUCGUUUACUGCCAGGCAGCCAAUGCCAGUGGAUGUGCUGUCAAGUUAAACCAGAAUGCUGCGAAAUAUGCUAUCAAGCUGGCUUAUCACGCAGAGAUCCCCCCUGUUGCCAGCGUGACUACCGUUGGGCCGCAAGUCAAGGUCUGGAUAACGUUUUUUGCUGAAGACUUUAGCGCAUAUUGUUAUGACGUUAACGGAUAUCAAAAGUAUCGCCCCCAGAAAGAAGGCUACAUGAUGCAAUGUAUCUGGACGGGUGACAUGACAGAACCUCAAGACAUUAUCAAAUUCCGGCUUAUUCUCGAAAACACAUACACCUGGGCAAAGCGAGUUUUCAAACCAUUGAUAGCCACAUAUAUUGAUCAGUGGAAGUUUGCCUGCGCUGAAGAUAUCACUGGCAAUGGAAAACUGAAAAUGAAGCGACGGCAAGAGAGGCUGGGCCUCUCAAGGUGUGCACUCCGACUUACUCAAGCUUGCCUACAUGCUCAGCCAGACCUCAAGUCCUGCGAGGACUCGUAUCUUUCCAUUACAAACAGGCUUGUCGACCUCUGCGACCGAUUCGUCCACGAUGUGGAUCGAUUGAUCGCGGAGGAACUCAAACGAUCAAGUGAAGGCAAACAAAGAGCUCCGUCCAGCAGCACUACACGCAGAAGAGCACGGACACCUAGCGAACCAUCCCGGAAAGCUACUCCUGAAUCUGAAGGUAUGACUUCUUUAAGCGUUCCGAGACGAAGCCCGCGUUUGGAACCACGGAACAAAGCACAGCCGUCUCAGGAAAUCACUUCAAGAGUAGAGAUAGUCUCUUCAAGUCUGAGAGUAACUAUGGCAGCUGGGGCACCUAAGAGAAGGCAAAGCCAGAGUAAAUUUCUCGCGCCACCAAUUGAGAUUGAACUUGUACCAGAAUCUUCAUCCGGGGAGUCAGAAGCCUCUGGUACAGUGGCCGACGAGGAUAUUUCAGUUGUGAACCUAUCAGAAGAGGAUAACUAG